AUGUCUGAUGAUGCUAGAUUGAAAGAGUUUCAAGACGCCAAUAAAAUAGUGUUUGAUCCUACGACGCGAUCAGUAUGGGAAAACAAGUCAGAGGACCCAGAUGUGGCGCUUUCCAAAACUGAAGAUGACGAACAACAAAAUGCGACAACAUCAGGAAUAGUCCCCACAUUGCAAAAUAUCGUUGCCACUGUGAAUUUGGAUUGUCGUUUGGAUUUGAAAACGGUUGCACUGCAUGCGAGAAACGCAGAAUACAAUCCCAAACGAUUUGCAGCCGUUAUUAUGCGUAUUCGAGAGCCGAAGACGACAGCGUUAAUCUUCGCAUCGGGUAAAAUGGUCGUUAUCGGAGCCAAAUCGGAGGACGAUUCGAAAUUGGCCAGUCGGAAAUAUGCCAGAAUAAUCCAGAAGAUUGGGUUUAGUGCUAAAUUCACAGAUUUCAAAAUUCAAAAUAUCGUUGGGUCUUGUGAUGUGAAAUUUCCGAUCCGAUUAGAAGGUCUGGCAUUUUCGCACGGAACUUUCUCGUCGUAUGAGCCAGAAUUAUUUCCAGGUUUGAUUUACAGAAUGGUGAAGCCCAAGAUCGUGCUUUUGAUUUUUGUUUCAGGAAAAAUCGUACUCACGGGUGCGAAACAAAGAGAAGAGAUUUAUCAGGCGUUUGAAGCCAUAUAUCCUGUGUUGAGUGAAUUCAGAAAGUUGUGA